UGGCAACGCCACCAAAUCCGACCAGACGCUGCUUUUUACGUGCGGCAUCCGAAAAUAAUAGAAAAUAACUGAAAACACACAGGCGGCGCUAAAAAUCGCAGUUUGAACGCGUCGCAGAGGCAAGCGGGCAGCGAAUCCACACACUUUGGCCCCCGCAACGACACAGCAGAGCCGCCGACAUGGCCGAGUACUUGGCAUCCAUUUUUGGCACGGAAAAGGACAAGGUGAACUGCUCGUUCUACUUCAAGAUCGGCGCCUGCCGCCACGGCGACCGCUGCUCGCGCAUCCACAACAAGCCCACCUUCUCGCAGACGGUGCUGCUGCAGAAUCUGUACGUGAACCCGCAGAACUCGGCCAAGUCCGCGGACGGAUCGCACCUGGUGGCCAACGUGUCCGACGAGGAGAUGCAGGAGCACUACGACAACUUCUUCGAGGACGUGUUCGUCGAGUGCGAGGACAAGUACGGCGAGAUCGAGGAGAUGAACGUGUGCGACAACCUGGGCGACCACCUGGUCGGCAACGUCUACAUCAAGUUCCGCAACGAGGCGGACGCGGAGAAGGCGGCGAACGACCUGAACAACCGCUGGUUCGGCGGCCGCCCGGUCUACUCGGAGCUCUCGCCGGUCACCGACUUCCGCGAGGCCUGCUGCCGGCAGUACGAGAUGGGCGAGUGCACCCGCUCCGGCUUCUGCAACUUCAUGCACCUGAAGCCCAUCUCGCGCGAGCUGCGGCGGUACCUCUACUCGCGCCGCCGUCGCGCCCGCUCCCGCUCCCGCUCGCCCGGCAGCCGGCGCCGCGGCUCCCGCAGCAGGUCCCGCUCCCCGGGACGGCGGGGCGGCGGAAGGGGCGACGGCGUGGGCGGCGGAAACUAUCUGAACAACGAGCGGGACAAUAUGCGCGGCGGCAAUGAUCGCGGCAACGAUCGCGAUCGACGCAAAGGCGGCGGUGGAGGUGGCGGCGGCGGCGGUGGACGGUAUUAAUUAUUCUGGACAUUUUUUCAAUACGCUGGCAAUUGAGAGAGAAGGGACAACGGACAAGCAACAACGCCAAGUAUCGUGUAUUUUAUUCUCCGCGUUAGUUUUCCACAUUUUUUUACAACACUUUCGAGUCGAGGUGAGUGAGGAGAUCGGAGAGCAGAAGGGAAAGGAAGGAGAGGACGAUGGGGUGGUCCACCACCACCUAUGUACAAACCCCCCGCGAAAUACUUUACCGAACGCCCAUUAGAAUUGUAAUUUACUAUACACACAUUCGUAAUAAUAAAAUUGAGUAAUACUAUAUGUAUACAGAAAAU